GUAUCGAACCAUAUAUCCCCUCGGUCUCGUCCACGCCACCCGCUCAAACCCCCAAAGAUCAGGUAGACCAGAUAGGGAGGAGAAAGAUGGCAACUUCCGUCGCCGCAAAGCUCGUCGCCCCCGUCUCGCUAUCCUCCUCCGUCGUCCGGCUCGUCCCGGCCGUCGCCGCCGCCGCUCGCAUCCCCCGCCUCCAUUCCCCAGCUGUCGCCCCCCUCCGCCUCCGCGCUCGCCGUCCCGCUACCUACCCCCGCUUCUUCGCUUCAUCUGUUUCCGCCCCCGCCACGUCGGCAACCAUCUCCAUUGGCGACAAGCUCCCCGACGCCACCCUUUCCUACUUCGGCGCUGAUGGGGAACUCAAGACCGUCACCGUGUCCGAACUCACCAAGGGCAAGAAGGCCGUCCUCUUCGCGGUUCCCGGGGCCUUCACCCCGACGUGCUCCCAGAAGCAUCUCCCCGGGUUCGUGGAGAAGGCAGGUGAGUUGCGCGCCAAGGGCGUGGAUACCAUAGCUUGCAUCUCCGUCAACGACGCCUUCGUGAUGCGGGCAUGGAAGGAGGACCUCAAGAUCGGGGACGAGGUACUGCUGCUCGCCGACGGGAACGGGGAGUUCACCAAGGCCCUCGGUGUGGAGCUCGACCUGCGAGACAAGCCCGUAGGACUGGGCGUCCGGUCCCGGCGCUACGCGAUGCUGGCGGACGAUGGGGUCGUCAAAGUUCUCAACUUGGAGGAGGGUGGCGCCUUCACCUUCAGCAGCGCCGACGACAUGCUUAAGGCCCUUUAAUGCCUUUCCUAACUCAUCUUGCCGUCUCCACCAGGAUUCAGAAAGAAGGUUGAAUGAGUUUGUGACCGGCCGGCCCAAAGUGUGAUAACAUUUUAUUACAAUGCACUAUUUGGAUACAUGGUGAUUGAUGUUAAUAGUUUGUUCAUUUAUGCUACUGAUAACUAAUACGACAUUGAUCUUUCUGAUGAUUCAUAUGGUGACUCUUCGUUGGUUCUCCCAUCGCUUCUACAGAAAUGAGAAAUCAGAUCACGUUAAUCUGUUGUACUCGAUUAGGUCGGACUAGUACUGGAUCCAAUUGAGCUAACUGCAACACGUACAACAGGAAUGGAAUGGGUCGGGCUGAGAUGAGAUAGCGAGGACCUAAAUGGAUGGCCUCAACCGUACUUGAUCCAGUAGCGAGUUGAGAUGGGUCUGUUUAGCCCAAGUACACCUUUGUUGGGUCAAUGGGUUGGGUUAAGGUCAAAUACUCGGAGAUGACUGCGUACGGAAAAAGCUGCAAAGCCUCGUUUCGCGAAGAUGCGUUAGCCGAAGGAACCAUGGCUUUCUUGGGAAGGCAUCAGAAACUAUGGUUGCACGCGGAGUGAGUGGUCUGAGAUAUCAGACAAGACGACUCUUCUCCAUCAGAGUUUUCCUGUAGCUGCAGGGGUAAGGUGAAAGUGUUGGCUUGAAGGAGAAUCAAUUGAGAUGGUGAAUUAUUCCUCUGGCUGUUGCAUGUGCAGUCAUAGUGAACACUUGUGCUGCUGCGGCUGGGUCUCGCUGUAAGAA